AUGGGGUUCCUGAUGAUGGAUUAUAGCGUUUUUUCAAUGAAAUUUGAUCUCCAAGGAAUAAGGGGCGAUUCUGUUAGUCCAUCUGUGAAGCAACUAAGUGUACUCGAUCAGAUAAAGGUAACUGAAAUCCUUCACUGUGACGGCUUAUUGCUGUGCGUCCUCGAGGACAGGUCGAGGCUCUUGUUAUGGAAUCCUUAUUUGGGCCAAACCAUGUGGAUCCAUCCCAGAAAAUUUUUUGACGUCUUGGACAGGUAUGCUAUCGGUUAUGACAAGAACCGUAACCACAAAAUCUUGAGAAUUUUCGGUGAGCAGGAAACGGUUCUUGGUUACGAAAUCUAUGAUUUAAGCUCUAGUUCAUGGAGUGUUUUUGAUGUUACUCCCGACUGGGAGUGUCAGAUACCCUCUUAUGAACGCAGCGUUUCCUUGAAGGGACAUGCUUAUUUUUUGGCUGAAAUCGUGGGUGAAAGCAUGGUUACCGAUAUCUUAGUCUAUUUUGAUUUUACAACAGAGAGAUUUGGACCGCAUCUGGUUCUGCCUUCUUAUGAUUAUCACCCUGUGUCUCUAUCUUGUGUUAGAGAAGAGAAGCUCGCUCUGUUAUAUUAUGCCUGUGAGAUUUGGAUUACGAACAAGAUUGAUCCCUAUGAGGUGUCGUGGAGAAAGUUACAGUGCAUUGAUCAUUUACUUGUCCUAUAUGGUGGUAGUUUUCUCAUUGACGAGGAGGAGAAUGUUGCUGUGGUUUUUGAUCUAGAUAACGAAUAUAAAGGGGGACACCAAACAGCUUAUAUCACUGGACAAGAUGGCUACUACAAAUCUGUGAAUCUCAGAGAAACUCGGUAUUUUAAUACACCUUGUGGCGAACCUGUAGCUGUCGCACCUAUUAUUGGUAAAAAAGCAGAAGCAGCAAGGAAGAAUCAGCUGAUGGGGUUCCUCACGAUGGACAAUAGCGUUUUUUCAAUGAAAUUUGAUCUCCAAGGAAUCCACGACGACGACGAGGACGACGAUUCUGUUAGUCCAUCUGUAAAGCAAAAAGCAGGGUUGCCUGGACAUGCUUAG